CCAUUCCCAUGGAUCGAAUUACGGGAGACUCCAUCCCCGAGACAUCUGCUCCGCUAUUAACAGAAGAGCGCGUCUCCGCGUCCCCCCUGCGAUUGAUCCCCUCUCCCGUUGUGUCGUGGCCCCUGGUCCUGCCCUCUACCCCCCGAAACUGUGCACUCUGUGUUAUUUGCGCUCAUUAUGAGGAGCCACGGUGCAUGUGCCCUCCACGUUUUCCGGCGGCUUUAGUCCCCACCAGACUGCUCCAACCCUCCCGGAGCCGCCGAGCGGAGAGACGCGAGAAGCGACGGAACGAGUUGGAGGAGCAGCCGGUGGCCCCGAGCCGCACAUUUGUUUUUGUUCGUGCGCUCUGCAGGCUGCUGGCUGUGUGGCUUCGCAUCCUCGGAUGAUCGAAACAAGCAUCGACAUAUUUAAUGAGUGAACAAAGCUGAGCCUUGGCAUCCCCGGAGUGUUCCUGGUUUCUUCGCGAGCUUUCUUUUUAUUUGUUUCGGACACCAUGGAGUCUGUGGAGAAGGAGUGUGGAGCGCUGGGUGGAUUAUUCCAGGCCAUCGUGAACGACAUGAAGAGCUCCUACCCCGUGUGGGAAGAUUUCAGUGCCAAGGCUACAAAGCUGCACUCUCAACUCAGGACCACUAUUCUGGCAGCUGUGGCCUUUUUAGAUGCCUUUCAGAAGGUGGCAGACAUGGCUACCAACUCUCGAGGUGCCACCAGAGAAAUCGGCUCUGCUCUGACAAGAAUGUGCAUGCGACACCGUAGCAUUGAGGCAAAAUUAAGACAUUUCACAAAUGUUCUCAUGGAAGGUCUGGUAACGCCACUCCAAGACAGGAUAGAGGAAUGGAAGAAGACAGCCAAUCAGCUUGACAAAGACCAUGCCAAAGAAUAUAAGAGGGCUCGUCAGGAAAUUAAAAGAAAGUCGUUAGAUACUAUUAAGCUCCAGAAGAAAGCAAGGAAAGGCCGGGGAAACCUGCGCCCUCAGCUGGACAGUGCCAUGCAAGAUGUCAGUGACCUGUAUCUGCUGAUGGAGGAGACGGAGAAGCAGGCGGUGCGAAGGGCGCUUCUGGAGGAGAGGGGUCGUUAUUGUACAUUCAUCAACUUCCUUCAGCCGGUGGUGAAUGUGGAGAUUGCCAUGCUGGGAGAAAUAACCCACUUACAAGCUAUUGUUGAUGACCUUACCAUGUUGACUGAAGACCCGCACAAGCUGCCACCCGCCAGUGAGCAGGUAAUUCGGGAUCUGAAAGGCUCUGAUUACAGCUGGUCCUACCAGACUCCUCCUUCCUCCCCGAGCAGCACCAGUUCCAGGAAGAGCAGCAUGUGCAGUUUGCUUCAGAUGCCCUCAGCGGGAGCUCAUCGGCUCAGCAGCGUCUCCUCCCACGACUCUGGCUUCGUCUCACAGGAUGCCAACACCCAUUCUAAGCCUCCGUCACCCAUGCCCUCGGAUAUCACCAGCCAGAAAUCCACAAGCUCAGCCUCCUCUGAGGCCUCAGAAACCUGCCAGUCUGUCAGCGAGUGCAACUCUCCUACAGCGUAUGGCUCAUGCUCAUCCUUCGGUACCUUCCGCCCUGCUUUCUCUCACUCUGGCACCAUCAGGCCUCUCUCUGUCAUACUCCCUGCGUCCCCCACAUUUAACCACUCACCUGGAUCCAACAAUCCUUCACCCUCAUCAAAGGUUCCUAGCUGGAAGGACUGGGCCAAGUCGAGCUCCUGCGAGCCGACGUUGGCCAGCACUCCGCAGCGCAGGAGGGACUCUGUGGAAAAGAUGAGAGAACCACCCAGUCCGCAGGGAUACUCCGGGAUGCAACCAGGUGACCUGCACAGAGCAAGAAGUGGCCCAGGAAUUAUUACAGCUAAGCAUGGAGAGCCCCCGUCUCCAGCUGCCAGUACGCUGGCUAUGGUUCUCACCAGAGGCCUGAGCAUGGAGCAGCAGAAGAGUAGCAGGGACUCUCUGCAGUACUCCAGCGGCUACAGCACUCAGACAAACACCCCGUCCUGUUCCGAGGACACGAUUCCAUCGCAAGGUUCUGAUUAUGAGUGCUAUUCACUCAAUGGGGAUGUUGACAACGAGGGGCAGCCAGACUUUGACAAGUCCUCCACCAUCCCACGCCACAGCAACAUUGCUCAGAGCUACCGCCGCAUGAUUCAAACCAAGCGCCCUGCAAGCACAGCAGGUCUGCCUGCAGGUAAGAGCCUGCAGGGGACUCCUAAUGGCGCUGGAGGAAACAGCCCUGGAGUCAUUUCCUCUGGGACGGCAACCAUCCGCAGGACGCCAUCCUCCAAAACUGGAGUGAGACGCACACCAUCCACGUCUGGGCCCAUUCCCAUCCGGCCCCCCAUUGUUCCAGUCAGAACUCCCACAGUGCCAGACUCUCCAGGGUCCGCGAGCCCAUCCCCACACCACCUGGGUGGUGAGGAGUUUCUGUACAGUGAUGACCCGACCGCUGGCGACUACAUGAGGGCCUCUCCCAAGCGGAUGAGUCUUCCUGAUACAAGUUGGGGCUAUGGAGGAGGAGGAGGGGUGGAGAAGACUGCUUACGCCCAGCAGGCCCCCGGCAUGGCUGCCCACGCAGCUGAGGAAGACCCUCAGCUUGCUGCCAACCGUCACAGCCUGGUUGAGAAGAUAGGAGAGCUGGCAGCCAGCGCUCACGCCCUCGGUGAAGGUCAGUACCCGUUCCCCAGCUUACUGUCGGGGGACACGGCUCAGCAUGCACCCCAGGUGACAUCGUCUGUUACCCAGGAGGAUGUGGAUAUGCUAAAAACCAUUCGCCGUGGGGUGAAGCUGCGCAAGACGGUAACCGACGAUCGGUCGGCUCCCAGGAUUCUUCGGUAAUUCAAGCAGAGGAAAGCCCUUAAAACUGAAGCACUCAUAGACUGAGGCACAAUGAACAAGUAGGACAAAAGGUGGUCAAUGAAAGCCAGUUGACAAAUAAAGAGACUUUGAAGUAUGUUAAGUAAUUUCAUGUCAUGUAUGUAUUGCGUUCGUACAAAGUAAUCCAUUUAUUUUCUUUCUGUUGUCAUUUUUAUUUUUUUGUUUGGUGAGCUGUGUUGCUGUGCAUCUCCGCUUCAGCCCAGUUUUUCCCAGUGGUCCCAGUGUGCAACACAUUACACAGCUGAAUGCUCUUACUAUUAACACUUCUGUGUGUACAUUUCUCAAUGACCACGGCCACCUGUCAGUGGAAAGUGGGCGACACAGUGCUCUGUGAGCCUGUCUCGUUUCUCAUCGUUACUGUCCAAGUAUUACUGUUUUGUUUCGUAAGCUGGACAGCAGUUGUGUAAUUUUGUGUAAAAAUAGAAGCAAUAUGGCAGUGCUUAUAUUGCUGUACUGUACUGUCAAUAUAUUCUGCUAUUAAACUGGCUUUUUACUGAA